CUGUUGUCUGAUAUAAAUAUCAUUGCCGUUGAUCGGCGUCGCGUUUAUUUUUUGUCACUUUUUGUGACGUACAGAACAAUACACAUUUUCAGCGUUUACUACUUGUAGAUAUCUCAUGAAGUGAUGACAAAUGCGCACAUUCACGAGUGAGUAUAUCUAGUGAACGAAUGGGCUUUCGAGCGCAGUUUCGUGUGUAUUUCAAAACACACCGUUGAAAUUAGCGCAAUCUUUUCAUAUCGGAGCAAAAAUUCAUGACCUUUGUGACGUAUUACUCCAAAGCGGUGAUUUGAGUAUUCACUAUGCCACGUAGAAGACAGCAAAGGCAUCACCCCAUAGGGGAAGACACCAGGAUUGCAGUUAACCUGACUCUAAAAAAAUUAUUGGACACUCCAGAUCAAAAAGAACUAGAAUUUCCAUCAUCGUACACAGCAGAAGAGAGAGCAUAUAUCCAUGAACUAGCUAGAGAACUUGGUCUGAAAUCAAAAAGUCGAGGAAAAGGCACAAAUCGAUUUUUGACAGUAUAUAAGAGGGAAGGUUCAACUAUAGUCCAAGCCGAUGCUGUGAUAAAAUUACAAAAAAUCUCAAAACAGAGCAUAUAUAAUUUGAUGCAGAGUUUUCCAUUAAAUCACAAGGAAUGUCAAGAUUUACUUCCUCCAAUUGAGAGAGAACGUCCUCUUAGUAAUGAUGUAAAUACAAACACUAAAGCAAUGGGCAGAUUGAACAACAGUAUACCGCAAGUACCUCAGUUGAAGACAAAUUUUGAUGUGCUGCAUUUUCGGAAAUCUCUGCCAAUUUUUAACACUAGAGAAGAAGUUCUUAACGCAUUGAGCAAUCAUCAAGUGGUCAUAAUUGCGGGUGAAACAGGAUGUGGCAAAACUACACAAAUACCACAAUACAUAUUGGAGCAUUAUCAGCAGAAGCAUCAAGCUUGCAGGAUUAUUUGUACACAACCCAGGCGCUUAUCGGCUGUAUCUGUGGCGGAAAGAGUAGCAUUCGAGAGGGACGAGAAGAUCGGCCAGACCUUCGGAUAUCAAAUUAGAUUGGAAAGCAGAGUAGCUCCGAAAACUCUCCUGACAUAUUGCACAAAUGGAGUAUUACUUCGAACUUUAAUGGGCGGUGAUUCUGCUUUGACCACGCUCACGCACAUUAUCGUCGAUGAAGUUCACGAGCGGGACAGAUUCUGUGACUUUCUUCUGAUAGCUUUAAAGGACGCGUUGGUUAAAUACCGUUCCUUGAAAUUGAUACUCAUGAGUGCAACGAUGGAUACUACCAUCUUCACAAAAUAUUUCAACAAAUGCACGGUCAUCAAUGUUCCUGGACGAUCAUAUGACGUGGACGUGUACUUCCUGGAGGAUAUAUUGAAGAUGACUGGUUACAUGACGAAGGAAAUGCACGCGAAGAAAAAGGAGUUUUCUAAGUGGACGGACAAGCAAAAGACUCUGGAGUCCUGGAAGCAGUACAAGCCGCAGCAUUCUAAUAGGAGCACCAAGAGCGAGAAGAGUCUGCUGCCCGCUCCGAUUCUAGCUCAACAGAACGAUCCUAUACCGGAGAAAGUUAAGCUGGAAGCCUGGCUGAUCGAAGAAAUGGACAGGAGCGUCUUCGACGCGUGGGUGAAUGGUAGAGAAGAUAAUUUUGCGCAGCUCUUACAUUUUAUACUGUCUGAAAAUGUCUCCGUGGAUUAUCAGCAUUCCGAAACCUCUAUAACACCGUUGAUGGCUGCCGCGGUUAGAGGCUGCAUAAACACGACUGAGCAACUUCUGAAUUUGGGCGCAAAUCUCAAUUUACGAUCCGCUAACGAUUGGACCGCAUUGGACUGGGCGAAGAGCAGGAAUCACACUGAAUGCGCCGAGCUAAUCGAAGCGUACAUGAAAACUUACGAUUGCACGGUGCCAAAUAAUGAUCUGACGCAUGUCGCCGGCACGUCGCUCUCCGAAGAAGACAAAAUGCUGCUUGACAUUUACCAUCAUACAUUCAAUGACGAUAAUAUCGAUUACAAUCUGUUGCUGGAAUUGAUCUUUUACAUUCAUCUGAAGAUGCCUGCUGGCUCUAUUUUAAUAUUUCUGCCGGGAUACGACGAUAUAGUCAUGAUGCGGGAGAAAAUAAACGCGGACGAGAAGAAGAUGAAUCAAGGUCUACGCUACAAUUUGUACGUCCUUCACUCGAACAUGCAGACCUGCGAUCAGAAGAAGGUGUUCAAACCCAGCCCACAGGGCACGCGCAAAAUCAUCCUGUCUACGAAUAUAGCGGAAACUAGCAUUACAAUCGACGAUGUCGUGUACGUCAUCGACUCGGGCAAGGUUAAAGAGAAGUCUUUCGACGCUUUAUCGGGCGUGUGCACACUAAACUCCAAUUGGAUAUCUCAGGCUUGCGCAAAACAGCGGAAAGGCAGAGCGGGCAGAUGUAGAAGAGGCAUCUGUUACCGCCUGUUCUCUUCAAUUCGAUUUAACAACAUGCAAUCCUAUCAAACGCCGGAGAUCCUGCGAUUACCGUUGCAAGAAUUAUGCUUGUUUACGAAACAUUUAACGCCCGGCAACACGCCUAUAGCCGAAUUUUUGGAUAAAGCUCUGGAACCGCCGUCUAAUGUGGUCACUAGAAAUGCAGUUCAGUUAUUGAAGACAAUCGACGCCCUGGAUCCUUGGGAAGAUCUAACGGAAUUGGGAAGUCAUUUGUUAGAUUUGCCGAUUGAACCGAGACUCGGAAAGAUGUUGCUAUACGCCGUCGUUCUGAAAUGCUUGGAUCCCAUUUUAACGAUUGUUUGCAGCUUAGCAUACAAGGACCCCUUUAUAUUACCGUCACAACCGUCGCAAAAGAGAGCAUUGACCGCAGCACGUAAAAAAUUCGCCACCGGAACGUACUCGGAUCAUAUGGUGGUCCUGCGGGCGUUUCAGGGUUGGCAAAACGCUAGAGCGACUGGCAAGGAACGUGCCUUCUGCGAGAAAAAUUUCAUUUCCGCUCCCGUGAUGGAGAUGGUGGUUGGAAUGCGCACACAGCUCCUAGGACAGUUGCGUGCGUCUGGAUUCGUUAGAGCCAGAAGUCCCGGGGACAUUCGGGAUCUGAAUUCUAAUUCGGAAAAUUGGGCUGUGGUGAAAGCAGCCCUGACCGCAGGCUUGUAUCCCAACUUGAUCCGAGUCGAUCGAGAGCAUAUGCAGCUACGGACGCAAAAGGAAGUCAAGGUGUUCUUCCAUCCCUCGUCGACCUUAAGAGAUUAUCCGAAGUCUCCGAGAGUGACAUCCGCGCAGACGCAUGCAGCAAACGUGCAAUCUUUACCGUGCGAUUGGUUACUUUAUGAAGAAAUGAGUCGCACCGGACGUUUCUGUCACGUGAAAGUCGUCACGCUUGUUAAUCCACUAACUGUCGCGCUAUUUAGUGGACCAGCUAGAUUACCGAUGGAUGUAAUUUACGAAGCUGAAGCUGUACCGGAAAGCGAAUCAGACUCAGAAGUUGACGAGUCUCACGAAGGGACAAUCUUUAAGCUCGAUGAUUGGGUGGUAUUUAAGUUGGAUCCGGAAACGGCUCAAUUAUUCUUGCAUUUGCGGCAGAAGUGGAAUGCUUUGUUCCUCAGACGUAUGAAAGCACCGAACAAGGCUAUGUCAGCAUUAGAUGAGAAGGUCAUUAGCACUUUGGUGUCUGUGAUCACGAACGAAGAACAAGCAUGCGGCCUCCAGCAACCCUCAGGCAUUGGUCAACGACCACGUCCAUUAAUCGUUGAUUACUAUCCCGCAAAUGUUAGAAGAGACGAUUAUCCGGAAGUAAGUCAUUAAGAUAUUUCUAAAGCAAGAAGAGGAAAUAUAAUGCAAAUCUGCAUUUUCUUAGGUGCUUAUUUUAGCAACUAAUUGCUGUGUUAAAAUACUAUUCUGUAUCUUUGAACGACUUUAGUUGAUAGAAAAUAAUUGUAAAGCAAGAAUAGUGGUUGUGGGUAUUGAAUAGUGGGUAUUGAAUAUAUGAAUGCUUCAUAGAUAUUGCAUUCUAAUUUUUUUUUCAAUACAGUAAAAAGACUGUUAGAAUAAUGUUCAUAUAUUUAAUAUAUUUGCAUAAUUGUCAUCUAAUGUGAUCCUUCCUAUUGCUUUUGUUGAAACAUGAACAUUUUAAGUCUUGUUAUGAAAUAUUAACGUUUACUUCUAAAGUAUUUUCUAAAGAUAUUCUUUUAUUCUUUUAUCUGAACAAAAAUUAAAAAAAAAAAAAUAAAAUAAAAGAUUGAUACGAUAUCAAUUAUCAGCAAGGCCAAUAUAUAUCUUUUCGUGACGGGUCCAUUCUCCAGAGCCUUGAUAGAUGUAAAAUCAUUUUCAAUUGUUACAUACGAAAACAGUCGAAAAUGUGCUUCAAUAGGAUCCCUAAUCCGAAAGUAUGUAAAUAGGCCUUAAACAUGUGUAUCUUAAAAAAAUAUGUGAUAUAUUACAUAGACAUCAAACUUAUGUAACUUAACAUUUUGUACUAUGUAUAAUGUAUGUCACGUUAAAUAUUUAAUAGUUGGCAUCAACUAGUAUAUAGUUUACUGUUAGGUAUGUAUGUACUAUUAGGUGACAACUAUUAAAUAUAGAAUUAUUUGUCAAUGUGUCACUUAGAAUAAUUUUCUUGUAUACAAUAUGUUACUUAUAUGUAAGCAAUACAGUAUGUAUUACUUAGAAUAAUUUUCAAGCAAUGCUCUACUUAAAAGUUCCGAUUAUUGUUCAAAGAACAGACUGAAUUAGUGCUCUUCUCUUGUAAUUGUAUAACGUGUACACAAUCAUAUUUGUACACUCAUUAUUAAGCUACUUAGCAUUUAAUUUGUGUUAAUAGAUAUUGAUUCAUGACUUUUUAAUAUAUAUUUUUUCAUGAAAGAAACAAAAUUUUCAAAAUAAUCGCGAUGUUUUUUUUAUAUUUUAUGAUUGCUUUAAUAGCGUUAGAAUUUUUGGCGAUUAUAUUGCUAUGUAAGAAAUGAUAAAACUAGAUGCAGCAUCACUAGUGAGCUUUAAUUGAAAUUGUAACUGUAACUCAGUCAUAUGUGAUAAUGAAGCACAUAAUAAAAAGACUAACGAAAUAAAGAAAUAUAUUAAUGUAA